CAUUUUUCUUGUUCUGCCUAUUUUUCAGAUGCGUCCAAUAUUCAAUAUCCAUGGCCUCCUUAAGUUCUGACCUUUCAAAAAUAGAAAAACCAGAUUCAUUAACGAAGAAAAGUCACCACAAGUUCCAAGUUUUCGCCAGCUUAUUUCUGUUUUUUGUUAGGGCAGCCUCUUUUAAGUUCAGUACCAAGCUGAAGAAGACCACCUCAGAGCAUAUGAGUAUGUCAAUGGCUAAUCUAGUUCAAUGCCAGGAGGUGGCUCCAGAAGCGCUGAAGAAACAGCUUUCUGUGGUUGUUAGGAGCAUCCAGUGGAGCUAUGCAAUUUUCUGGUCCUUGUCGACCACGCAACAAGGUGUGCUUCAAUGGGGUGAUGGGUACUAUAAUGGAGACAUCAAGACAAGAAAGACAGUUCAAGCAGUGGAGCUUAAAGCUGAUAAAACUGGUCUACAAAGAAGUGAGCAGCUUAGGGAGCUUUAUGAAUUUCUGUUAGAAGGUGAAAUUGAUCAAAACAAGAGGCCUCCUGCAGCGUUGUCUCCAGAGGAUCUUUCAGAUGCAGAGUGGUACUACUUGGUUUGCAUGUCCUAUGUGUUCAAGCUUGGACAAGGUCUGCCUGGAAGAGCACUGGCAAAUGGGGAAACUAUAUGGUUAUGCAAUUCUCACAAUGCAGACAAUGAAGUAUUCUUGCGCUCUUUGCUUGCUAAGAGUGCAUCUAUUCAGACUGUUGUUUGUUUUCCCUAUCUUGGGGGUGCAAUCGAGCUAGGAGUAACCGAACUGGUUCCUGAGGACCCUAAUCUACUUCAGCACAUAAAAGCAUCCUUUCUGGACAUGACAAAGCCAGUUCAUUUCGACAAAUCUUCUUCUCUUCCUCAUAAUGCAAAUGAUGACAGAAAUCCCACUUGUGCUAAUUUCAACCAGGAUAUGGUGGAGACACUGGAUUUGGAUAAUGUACAUUCCCCUGCUGAAGAAAUCAGUAUGUUUGAUCUGGGGGAGGGAAAUGGGGAUUUACAUCGAAAUAUCCAUGAAGAGUGUAGCAUUGUUUUACUAGAUGACUGCUCAAAUGGCUGUGAUCACAAUCACCAAACAGAAGAUUCCUUGAUGCUUGAAGGGUUAAAUGGUGUUGCUUCUCAUGUUCAGAACCGGUAUUUAAUGGAUGAUGGCUGCAGCUAUGGUGCUCAUAAUACAAUAAAUUCUAGUGAUUGUAUGUCUGGAGCUUUUACCAUUGAAGAAAAUGCUCCUAUCUCUUCCCCCAACUGUGGAAGUAUAAGCCACUCCCAUACUAAGCUCAGCUCUUUGGAUCUUAGAGCUGAUGAUGACUUGCACUAUAAGAAAACUCUGUCUGUCGUGCUGAAAUGCUUGAGUCCAUUGAGUGAAAUCCCAAGUUUGCAUAGCCUUGGUCACAAAUCUGGAUUUGUGAGGUGGGAAAAAGGAGGGAUAGACAAUGGUUACAGGCCUAGGGUGCCACAGAACAUUCUAAAGAGCAUACUAUUUUCAGUUCCUCUGUUGCAUGGUGAUAGUAGCUCUCCUAGUUUUCAGAAAGAAAAUGGUAAGAAGCAUUUCCAUAAGAAAUUGGAAAAUGAUAACUUAAGAGAAAAUGAAAAGCUUCUGGUUCUCAAGUCAGUGAUUGCUUCUAUCAGUGAGAUUGACAAAGUAUCAAUCCCUAAUGACAUCAUUAAGAACUUGAAGGAGCUUGAGGCAAGGGUAGAAGAACCUGAAUCAUGUGUGGAUUCAGUGGACUGUGAGCCAAAACCUAGAAGGAAUUACCUAGUUAUGGUAGAAGAAACAUCAGAUAACUACAAGAAUAGAAAGGUUGACAAUGCCAAGAAAUCUUGCAUAAACAAGAGGAAGGCCUCUGAUGUCCAUGAAAGCUACAAAACUGACACAGAACUCAAUAGGGUUGUUCUCAAAGAGAGCCUCAUAUCAGAUUUAAAAGUCACCAUAAAAGAGCAGGAUGUCGUGAUUGAAAUGAAAUGUCCUUACAGGGAAUACAUUUUUCAGGAUAUCAUGGAUGCUAUAAACAACCUGCAUUUAGAUGUGCACAUGGUCCAGUCCUCUACCCUUGAUGGAAUUCUCAGGCUAACCCUCAAAUCUAAGUUCAGAGGUAAGGCAGUUGCACCAGUAAGGAUGAUAAAAGAAGCAUUACAGAAAGUAGCAGGCAAGUGUUGACGAAACUAAAAAGCAAGUAAUCACUGAUAUCUCUAGGAUUUAUUUGUCUGAUUCAUUGUUGUGAAACAUAAAUUAGAAAAGAGGAAGAAGUACCAAUGUUCCCAUGUACUUACUACUAGUUGCCAACAUGAAUUUCUUGUCAAAGUGCUGUCCCUUUGUAUUAUGUAAUGGCCUUAGCUAGGAGUGGUUUUGCUUUGCUUCAUGUCUGAACUCCAUUUCCAUACCUCUUCUGCAGACUGAAUUGAUUGUCCAACAGAUAUUCCAAAGCACUAAGCAAACACAUUCAAAAUAUUCCUGGAUUUCAAGUAAUGUCUGCAAUAUAGGUUAGGACCAUGU